AUGGAUGCGGCGGACAAGCGGAUGUUGGAUCGCGAGGCGCUCCGCAACAUGAUCCAACAGUGGAACGCCAACCGCCUCGACCUCUUUGAACUCAGCGAACCGAAUGAGAACUUAGAGUUCCAUGGUGUUAUGCGCUUCUACUUUCAAGAUUCGGGUCAGAAGAUAGCUACGAAGUGUAUUCGUGUUGCCUCCGACGCUACAGUUAGCGAUGUUAUUGAAACUCUUAUAGAGAAAUUCCGUCCAGACAUGCGAAUGCUGUCCCUGGGUUCCUAUUCACUGUGGGAGACUCACGGCCCAGAUGACGAAAGGAAAUUGGAGCCGCACGAGAAACCCUUAUUGGUUCAGCUCAAUUGGCAUGCGGAUGAUCGUGAAGGGCGAUUCCUGCUCAAAUGUUCUACUGGUAGUGAGAUGCCAUUAUCAUCAGUGAACGAGAAAGCAGAUCAGAAUUUCAAACGGAAACUGUCAAAACGAGAAAAGAAAGAGUUGAAGAAGAAAGAAAAGUUGUCAAGACUGAAAUCAGACACCAACGAUGAAAACCGACCAGUAGCUGAGAAGUUAUACACAGAAUUACCGGAAACUUCGUUCACGCGCAGCAUCAGUAAUCCAGAGGCGGUGAUGCGUAGACGACGGCAACAGAAACUCGAGAGGAAGCUCCAACAGUUUCGUUCCAAGGAUGGUGGACCAGAUACUGGUGGUACGCUAAAGAUUUACGGGUCUUCAUUAAGUCCGGAUGUGCCUUAUAAAACACUUCUACUGUCCGUGGGUGACAAUGCUGCUAGCAUCGUGAGGGAAAUGCUAGAAAAGUAUGGACUAUCAAGACACGACCCACUGCAGUACUGCAUUGUGCAGGUGGAUGCUGCUGACAAUUCGGAGUAUAUCCUCGAGGAUGAUGAGUGUCCGCUAGCUAUCGUCAUGACACACCCUCAUCGUGGCUCCAUCAUGUUCCACGUGAGGCGGCGGCCUUCGGACGCGCAGCCACGACGUAGAAAGAAAAAAGCUGGCUCGAACGCUAGCGCGGGCGCACGCCCCGGCACAGAGCCCAUGCUGAUAGAAGUAACGCCAGAUGGAGCUGCUUUGGAAAACGGGAGGAGAGUUCGCGUCACUGAUAUUGUUGAGGUUGGCUCUGGCAACGGAACAGCCCUACAGCUGUACGGCCCCUCAAUCCAGCCGCGGCACUGCGUGGUCGCCACUGCGGAUGGUGGCGGUUACACGGUCACGCCCUUGCACGCUGAUGCACAAGUGUAUGUCAACGGGCGACGCACGAUGCAUAGCGCUAGACUUCAGCACGGCUGCUUGCUGAAAUUUGGUCGCGUUUCAACCUUCCGCUUCGUCGACCCGGCACAAGAGAACCUCAUCAAUAGAAAUCUUUCCCAAUCACAAAACUACGGCUCCGGAUCGAUAUACGACAGAUCGACCGGCGACAGCGGGGCGAUGUCGCCGACUUCCCUGGCCUCGCAACAGCCGGAGCAUCUCGAUGCGAACGCGAACGACGCGGAAUACCCCACCGCGAUAAGCCCCGUGUCCCACGACACUUACCCCUACACCGCUGACACACAGCCAUACAACAACAACACCCUCAAACUAGACAACGAAUCGCUCAUGAUGUCCCCACAUAUGAACGACUCGAAAGACGAUUACAUACGCGACGAGCACUCCGUCUAUAACGAGCAGGAGCCCAACCGUGGCCCCAACUCACAGUACAAAGACAACUAUGAGACGACGUUUGACCUGGACGGAAAUGUCGAAACGAAGAGCAUCUGUAGCGCCAAAAGCGGCGGAUCCGGACAAGAGAACAGAAGCGGAAGUGGGGCAUGGCGCGCGGGCCAAGAGGCAAUACUUCCGGCAGUACUCGAAUUCCCCGAGGCAGGUCAGGCCCAGUUCCUGGCCGCGGUCAUCACCAGACUCGACCCCCACGCGCCGGCCUUCAAGUUGGCGCCAGUGUACACUCUGUACUUAUGUGCCAGAUACCGUGCUUCCACCCACUACCGACCUGAGUUGACGCCAACAGAGCGAGCUCACAAAUUGACCGCUUUUCUUCACCACGUUGCUACUCUUAUACACGCCACUGUGCAGGAGCGCUGUUCGGAUUCAGCAGCACAAGCUUUCUGGAUGGCGAAUGCAAGCGAACUACUACACUUUCUCAAAUGCGAUCGACACAUUUCCUCAUUCUCCACUCAGGCGCAGGAGUUGUUGCCAACCACUGUACAGAACGCUUUCAGUAAUCUAGUAUCCUGUUUCCAAGAGGAACUACGCGUGGCUGUUAGCGAGUUGGCCCGGCCUGGUGCGGCAGACGACACUGAGGCCACCGCCCCCGUGCUACAAGCUCUGGCAGCCGCCAUGGUACUACUAAGACGCUGUCGAGUCAACGCAGCCCUUACGAUUCAGUUGUUUUCGCAUCUGUUUCAUUUUAUCAAUGCAAUUGCUUUUAAUAAGUUGAUUUCGGAGCCGAGCAACAUAAGUCCGCGAUGGGGCGCUGCCCUAUCUGCUCGCCUCGCCUUGCUAGCUGCUUGGGCGGAACGGCAAGGCCUAGAGCUAGCAGCUGACUGCCAUCUCGCUAGAACGCAUAGAGCAGCGCGCCUGAUCCAAGGAGAAUAUCGGACUGCAGACGACGUUCGGGCUGCGCUAGCGGCUUGCUUCAAGCUCAACUCUGUGCAAGUUAGGGCUUUGCUUACGCCGCUUCUACCCCCUGAUUUAGUCGAAGCGGCUGUAGCACACGCGAGGGCUCUCGCCGACGAGCUGUAUAGAGCUGAUGGAAGAGAGAUCCGACUAGAAGAAAGUGAAUGGUUGGGCGCGGCUCUUCUAAUACCGGGAGAUGGAUUCAGUGCGGAAGUGGUGCGAGGCGUGCCUCCCGGGCUUGCUGAGUUCGUAGCGCCCCUACAACGUGGCGGUUUUUGUCGUCUCGCGCACCAACCCCACGCCCUGGGACUAUGGACUGUGUAUAUGCACUCAUAUGGAUCACAACCACGACGACCGCCAGAUCCAAGACCACAGAUAAUACAACUACACAAGAACACCAACGGAAUGGGACUAAGCAUUGUCGCUGCAAAGGGCGCCGGUCAGAGUAAGCUGGGUAUCUAUAUAAAAUCUGUCGUGGCUGGUGGUGCGGCGGCUGCAGACGGACGGCUGGCAGCGGGCGAUCAACUGCUUUCUGUUGAUGGGCACUCACUUGUUGGCAUAUCACAAGAGAAGGCAGCGGAAUAUCUUGUAAGAACAGGACCGACAGUUACCCUCGAAGUAGCGAAGCAGGGAGCGGUUCUACAUGGCCUCGCAACACUGUUACAUCAACCAACAUACACUCAACAACGACAAGGAUACGGUCGUCGCCCCAAUCAUAGCCGGUGUCAUCUAUUAAGAAACAUGUCGUCCGAGUCUAGCACGACUGAUGAUAGUGAGGAAUUCUUAUCGUACUACCACGGUUCGAUUCCUCGUCUCAUUGUAACGUUAGAUAGAGAAAAUAAUGAGUUGCAGGACGAUUUAUCUCCAGAAACUCCAAAUUGUCCAGAGCUCAGCUGUGGGUCAAUAUCACAGAGGCAAAUCCCUAUAUUCACAUUCACAUGUGACGAGGAUGAUGUAGACUCGAGUAAUCUUUCACAGAAGGAUACUCACGUUCCAUAUGAAAUUCCGCCACCUGUGCCAGAACCUCCUUUAAAUUACGAACAGACGUAUGAAAGUGGUGAACACAUUUUACCACCAGAAAUGAAACCCAUCAGUACUAGGCUAAUGCUAGAUUUAUGCAAUCCACGUGCCACGGACUGCUAUACACGCAGAUGCACUGGCGUAGGCGAUUGUGUAAGCGCAUGUGAUUGUUGUCGCACCCCCCAACCCGAGACUCAACAAAUACCAUACAUCGACGAACCAAACUAUGAACCGAUAAUAUUUGAAAAGGACGGCGUAAACGAAAAAAUUGUUACCCCAAAAGUGAGAAGAAUACUACCAUCUCUUUCACUCGAUAAAUCUGAAGAGAGGCCAGCAAUGGCUGAUGCUAUGUGUCAGACUCCACCUUCGCCGUCGGAAAUUGAAGCGAAACCUAUAACGUCUUCAAAAGUAUUCCGCCAAAAGUUUGAAUUAGGUUUGAAAUUAAAUAGGGAAUUCAAAAACUUACAAGAUACCCAGUCUAGGUUAAAACGCACUAUAUUCAAUAUGUCCAAGUCGUUGUCCAGUAAAUCUGACGAGACAGAAGAAACUUCUACAGCAUCGAUUAAAGAACCUCUCGAAUGUUUAAAUGUAGAUAAACGUCAGAAAAUUGAGAAGGGCAACGUAAUCGAUACAAAGACUUUAGCCGCGGAAAAAAAAUCUUGGAAAUCCCCCGAUGAAUACCGACCGCCGUUUGGCAAAGUCAAAGAAUUGACGAAACGCUUUAAUCAAAUCAAUCUCACUUACUGUGUCAAAAAUUAUAAACGAAACUGUCAGUCGAGCCCGAAUUUGAGCGUUCGUCCGGAUAUGUCUCCUAAACAUAAACUCAGUUUACCCACUAGCGUUAGCCUGGCUGAUGUACAGUGUGAGCAGAGCAAGAAAAACACCAGUAGCAGUAAAAGCAAGCUGUCUGAAGAAGAAGUUAAGAGUAUUUUAAUACAAUUGGAGGACUGGUCAAAGUUUGGCUCCAGAGGCAGUGAGGAUACUCUAGCUCAGGGUAACGAAUUCGAGUUACCGAAUCUACCGUCAGAGGAUCACACAGAUACAAAUGCUUCAAUCUACGAUAGUCUGGUCUUUAACGAGAUCGAUAAAACACCGAGAGUUAUAACACUGGACAAUAUCAAGCUAAAACAGUGUAAUGGUUCAGUGAAAUCUAGUAAAGAUUCUUGCAUUACUCAGAGCACGGGUAAAUACGAUAAUUCAUCAGCACCGAGGAUUGUGGGGAUAUUGCGUCGCGCACAAAUGUCUUCCACGGAUGUUUCUACCACGUCUCGACUGUCCAAACAGCCGGGCUGGAGUGACGCGAUGGUGCAGAGUUGUCCCGAGCUCAGUACAAGCGACAGGUUUCAGAGCUGCCCUACGUCAUUGCUUCUCUCGUCUGACACUACUUCGCGUGGAGGUGCGGGUGGUGUUGUUGGAACGGGCGCUCGUCGGGCCUCCGAGCGGGACCUGCCGUCUCGUCUAGCAGCAGAGCCGGUCAAGCCCAGCAAGAGCACGCCAGCACUACACCAUGCCGCACCGCAGCCCGCGCCGCAGCCGCAUCCGCAUCCGCUUCCGCCCGCACAUCACCAUUACACCGGUCCAUUAAGUCCGGGUGGUCAGUCGGCGGGAAACAGCUCAUGGGCUACAAAGUCCAGGAGCAGUCACAACCUGUCCACGCCUCAUGGGGAUUCCUUCUAUCAAAACCUUUCAUCCGUGCACGACAAGCAAGAUAGCAGAUGGUCUUCGCUCCGCUCGUCGGGGAGUGGACGGCCGCAAUCCGCUCAUUUCAAUGCUACGGAACCCAAUAGUGACCUCAGCCCACUUCAACAACAACACCAGCUAAGUCAAGCGAACGCGCGUGCCGCAAAAUUAGCUGAAAUGUCCGAAGAAGUGACCCGACGUCAACAGAUGCAGCAUCAACAUCUACAGCAACAACAGAAUAUGCAAACACAGCAAAUGCAAUAUCAGAAACAGAUGCCGCAAAUGUACGUGCAAACAGGCUACGGACAGGGCCCGGCGGGGUACAAUUCAUCACCGCAAGGCUUACAAAAUCUGGGUUCCCAGCACGGAUUACAAAACGUACAAGGUUCAAUGCACGGGCUACAAAACCAGGGUUCGAUGCUCGGCUUGCAAAACAUGCAUGGGUCCGUGCAAGGAUUGCAGAACAUUCAGGGUUCUAUGCAGGCCUUACAGGCGCUUAGUCCUCAGAAUCAACAGCCGUCACCUCAACUCCACGGAUCGCAGUAUUUGCACUCUCAGAAUCAGAUGCACUACCAUAAUCAACAUGUUCCGCCACAGCGUUACGAAUGGCACCAACCAGGACCGCCCUCCCCUCAAAGGUCUCAGCCGCCAGUUGCUCCAAAACCACAGGGUCCGAGGAGAUCGGAAAUCGACAUAGACGACCUGAGUCAGCACAGUCAACAGUCACAUAAUAUGACGAAUGCGAUACAACCGGAUGAAGAACAUUAUGUGGCGAGCGCGUUAGAACCGCCCGCCGUGUCCGUUUACGGGACGUCUGGGGCGGGCAACGCAGGAAGACAAGAGCCCGCCCAUAACCCUUGGCAGCGUGAAGAGCGGGAGCGACAGGCUGAGGCAAGGCGGGCUGCAGCACGUGCGAGAAGGGAUGCGGCCAUCGCUCAAUUGGUAGCAUUAGGCGCGUCUCGCACGCCAGUUCAGAACCAGCAGCUGCGGGCACUGCAGCUUGAAAGAGAUUUCGAGCGUAGAGCCACACAGCACGAACAGGACGAUGGUGGCAACGGCGAAGGCAGCCCCGAAGACGAAUCACCCUCAUCGGAUCCCGUUAUGGAAAACGAUAGAGAGUCAAGGUCUUCACACGGGUCAUAUAUGGCACAGCCACAGCCGCAGAUGCAACCGUCCCAGCCGCAACCACAACCACCCAAAUCGAUAUUGAAGACCAACCGCAGCGAAAUGGUCAACGGAUACCCACCGCAUGUUAUCACAAACGAAGAGAAUCGGAUAGCAGAGUUGUCGACGAACAUAUCUAAUAUGUCAGUAUCAGCAAGUGCCAGCAUGAACAAUAAUAUGAAUGUCAGCAACAUGAACGCUAGUAGCAAUGACAUAGUGCCGCCUGCGCCGCCUGAACGAGGCUCGUCUUUCGCGGUUAUGGCAACUCGUCGGGCGCUUUCGCCCCAUCAACCUCCACAGUCCCCUGUGGGUACGACAAGGGACAAACGGGUUUCCUUCCACGAGCGUGCAUCAGAGAACCAUGAUGUUUCCCAUUCGGUCCAGUCACCACAAGUGCCUCCUGCAGCCCAAUCUACGCCGACCGGCCCUCCCGCGCCGCCGGCUUCCUCCCCACCACCUUUAGAGACGCCCAUUACGCAUCGAGAAGAUCCUGACCGUUUUAUAGAAGAAGCCGAAAACAUGUUGUCUGCUACAUCUGCAUCAACAAAUACAUCACAUACGUCUCCGUUGAGUACACAUACUCCGGGCGUUAUCGGUGCGCAGGAGGUUUACAGAGACCCACGGGCAAGACGAUUGGCGGAGCAACAAGCGAAAGCCGCUCCCGCACCGAUACCAGAACAUCUCUCCUUCAAAGAAAAGAUGAAAAUGUUCGCUUUGGAAUCUGGUGAAGCUUCCACGCCGAAGGACAAGGUAAAAAUAUCCCGCGCACAGAGGGACAUAGACGCGGUCCAUUAA